AUGAGCAACCGUAGGGAAGAAGAAAUCAUUUUGAACUCCAUAAGCCAGAUUCUUCUCGAAGAAGACCUGGAAGAUGAGACCACCACCGACAUGUUUUCAAAUGCGAAACUUGAAGCUGCUGAAAGAUCCUUCUAUGAUGUUCUUGCUCAGAAAUUUCGCUCACCGUCAUCAACUUCCAAUAUCGCUCCACUUAUUAUUAAUUCUUUGAACAGCCAAAUAGAUGAUCGUCAAUAUUACACUAGUAUCUAUUCCAAUAAUGAUGCCAUGGUCAGUGAUCUUCAUCAUAAUUCAUCUUAUAAUAAUAUUCCAGCUCUAGUUCUGCCUAAUUUCUACUCCAAUAGUUCAGAGUCUUUUUGUUCUUCGGCUACUAGUAAACCUCCACGCACAGGUUUCAUUGAGAAGAAUAACACGUUGAUCCCUGAUCUGGAACUCAACCGAACUUCGUCUACUAUUUCUUUUCAUCAUCUGUCUAGUGCACUAAGGAAAAGGAAAAAUCACCACCAACCCACUGAGAGUCACGAGUCAGAAAGAGAGAGGAAUAAUAAUUAUAAGCAUUUAGCACUUUAUCCUGAACAUCAAUCAGACAAAUUCAUAGACUUGUUUGAUAAGGUGUUGCUUUCCAAUGGAGAAGAUUCUAGCUCUUUAGAAUUAUCCACUAAUCAUCAAAUAAACAUCGGACAGUCAAAAGGGUGUGUAAUUGGUGGAUCAGUCCGAAGGAAGAAACAGGUAAACAUUGAAGAUUUGGUAGAUUUAAGAGCUCUCCUCACAAACUGUGCAGAAGCCGUAGCAGUGAACGAUCGAGAAAGUGCAAAUGAACUACUUACGCAGAUCAGGCAACACUCUUCUUGCUUUGGCAACUCCACACAGAGAUUAGCUUACGCCUUUGCUAAUGCUCUCGAUGCACGGUUAUCAGGUACAGGAAGCGAAGUUUACAGAGCUCUAAAUGCUAAAAAAUUGUCCAUGGUCGAUAAGCUAAAAGCCUGCAGAUUGUUUCUCUCAGCAAGCCCUUUUAUCAAAACCUCCAAUUUCCUUACCAAUCAGACCAUACUAGAGUUAGCUGAGAAAGCAAACACAAUCCACAUAAUCCAUUUCGGUAUUGGUAAUGGUUUUCAAUGGCCGAGUCUUAUCCAGCGCCUUUCGAAAAGACAGGGAGGACCUCCUCUUCUUCGAAUUACGGGAAUAGACCUUCCCUCACCUGGUUUCCGACCGGAAGCACGAGUGGAAGAAACUGGAAAAUAUUUAGCAAAGUACUGCAAGAGAUUCAAUGUCCCUUUUGAGUAUAAUUCCCUUAUUGCAGAGAGAUGGGAGACCAUCUUAUGUGAAAACCUCAAGAUUAAUCAAAGAAGAGAUGAGGUAACCGUGGUUAACUGCUUAUACCGCUUUCGACAUCUACUCGAUGAGACCGUAACUUCAAAUAAUCCGAGAGAUGGUGUUCUGAACUUAAUAAGCAGGAUAAACCCUGAUAUUUUUGUUCAUGGUGUUAUUAGUGGAAGCUAUGAUGCUCCAUUCUUCAUGUCACGGUUCAAGGAGGCACUCCACCAUUUCUCAGCGGAGUUUGAUAUGAUGGAGGCAAGUUCGGAUAGCCAAGAAGACAAGGAUAGGAUAGUGUUCGAGCAGGAAGUGUAUGGGAUGGAGAUAUUAAAUGUGAUAGCCUGUGAAGGAAUUGAAAGGAUUGAGAGGCCGGAGAUGUACAAACAAUGGCAGUUUAGGCAUCAAAGAGCUGGGCUUAGGCAACUUCCAUUAAAUAGAGAGGUGAUGAAGAAAGUGAAAGAGCAAGUGAUGUCGAAUUACCAUAAGGAUUUCGUGGUGGAUGAAGAUGGUGAGUGGAUGUUACAGGGAUGGAAAGGAAGAAUCCUCUAUGCUCUCUCUUGUUGGAAACCUGCCUAUUAG